AAAGAAGAUGAACAGAUCAUGAUACCUCUAGAAAAAGCAGUGGUAAAUCAAGCUCAACAUAUUUUUUUUUGGCAAGGAGGAGAUUUUUCAACUAAUCGCCCAAGAAGAGAUAGGUGCUUGUCACAUGUCUGCAUAUAUCAUGUUAUUGUAUCGUAAUUGCCAAGCAAAAGGAAAGAGCAACUUUGAAUUUUUAUGUCCAUACUCAAUAUCUUUAGUGGUGCAAAGUAGGAAGGAAGAAAAGAUUCAGGAGAACCGUGUAGAACGAUCAAGAUAUAUUGUUGAUGCACUUCAGGAAAAUGCAAGGAAGGGAAGUAUAUUUUUGGCACCGUACAAUGCUGGGCGUCAUUGGAUUCUAUGUGUAAUUGACCCAGAAGCUGAUGUUGUCUAUUAUUUGGAUCCUUUACGAGAGGAAAAUCGUCCUACUGGUCAUGAUUUACGCAGUGUUGUGGACACGGCAUUACUUAUAUAUCAAAAUCAAAUUGGAGCAGCUAAAAAGAUGAAGAAGAAUACAACAUGGUCAAAAAUUCAGUGUCCCCGUCAGACAAAUAAUGUUGAUUGCGGUUACUAUGUCCUAAGGUUCAUGCGGGAAAUUGUAAAUCAUAACCAAUCACAAAUUCCAGAAAAGUACUUUUCAGAUUGUUUAUGGCCCAACUAUAGCACGGAACAAAUUGAUGAAGUAAAAAUUGAGUUGGCGCACCAUAUUCUCUACUUUGCUAGUUAAUUUAGGAAUUUGGAGUGAAAUCAUUAUGCGUAUGUAGUCUUAUUUAAGCUUUUUGGAUUUUUGUAGUGAAGAUUAUGAAUGGUUUUGAAUAUUUAGGUUGUUUUCCGCGAAGGAUAUAAAAUAUUGUAAUACUGGUUUCAUAAUAUUAAUAUAUUUCUGUUUUGAUUGUGGAA